CCCCUUUGCACUCUCCUCCCCCACGCUCGGGGCACGAAUGGACCGCCACGCCAGAGAAAGCGCAUACAAGAGCCGCCGACCCAUUCUGGGAUCCCGCUCCCACCGCGACCGCCGCCGCGGGGGGGAAGACCCUCUUAGGCCGGGGAAAGAGGUACUCGAUCUCCCUCGCACCGGGGCUCGAAUCGCCUCCCUCUCCCGGGCGCGCAGACCCCGAAGGCGGAAUAGGGAAGGCGCUCUUUUCACCUUACUCUGUCUACUCCCAGCUUGGGGUAGACGGCUCACCCAGCACAGGCAUAGGCAAGCCGAGGAGCACGAGAAGAUCCGUGAGGUCCGAGAGGAGCCUCUCGACUGCUGGGAAGGCGAGUCCGAGAGCGAGCUGGUUUCGGAGGGCGGUGGCGAAUGCGGUUAUUCGUUCUCCGCAGGGGCAGUCUCCCCAAGCUCAGCUGGGGCACGGUCGGCAGGGGGAGGGGGAAGGGAGGAGGGUGCCCUCUGGGUUGACGGCGAGGUUGAGCUUUGGGUCUGCUCUGGCUGGCGCUGGUGCUGGUGCUGAAGGAGAGGAAGGAGAGGAAGAAGCAGAGAGCAGGGACCGGAUCUCCCGUCUGCUCCUGGCCAGAUCUGCAGCCCGGACACUCGACGAUCCCCAACCCCAACCACCGCCCCCUCCACCAAAGCACCCCAACCCC